CUCCAGGAGUGCGGCCAUAGGAGUAACAACUCAAUCCCCGCGUCCCUUUCUGCAAGACGAACGACACUUUUUACGGUAACCAUACUAUCUACAGAACUCGUGUGAACCAUGCGGGGUGUGCCCACCCUCCUCCUGCUGCUGUGCGGCUGUACCUGCCUGCUGGCCUCAGCUAUACAGAAAGAAGAGAUCCUCGGUGCUGUCAGGGACUUCAAGCUCUCCAGCCGUGACACAGGAGACUUCACCCACCAGGCUUCCCUAGACGAGCAGGGCCGGUACGUUCUGCUGUGGAAGUUCGACAGCGAGACCAUCACGUUCGAGGCGCAUGUGCAGACCGAGGGGUACGUCGGCCUGGGCCUGUCGCCCAAUGGGGGCAUGGCUGGAUCUGACGUCAUCAUCGGCUGGGUGAAGGACGGCCAGGCCUAUAUAACGGACCGUUACGCGGAGGGAUACUUCGAGCCCCGGCUCGACGCCCGCCAGGACGUGGAGCUGUUGUCCGGGUACGAGAACGGCACGCACACUGUGCUCAGGUUCCGCAGGAGGCUCAAGCCAUGCGACACUGCGGAGGACAGGGAGAUCACGGAAGACACCCAGCGAGUCAUCUGGUCCUUCAGCGCCCACGACCCGAUAGACCAUGGACACGGAGCCCACGCGACGUACCACGGGCAGACCCGCGGCACCAAGAGCAUCAUCCUGCUGCAGAAGUUCACUCAGGACCUCGAUCUGCAGGACAGCAGUCUCCUUACCUUUGAACUGACCGCAGGAAACGUGCUCAUCCCUUCAAAGGACACCACGUACCUGUGUAACACCAUGCGGCUGCCUGUAUUGGACAGAAAGCACCAUCUUGUCAAGAUCGAGCCAAUCGUGCAGCCCGGCCACGAGGCGCUGGUUCACCAUAUCCUGGUAUACCAGUGUAAGCUGGGCAUGGUCCCCCCGACGGUGGACGGAGGCCAUGAGUGCUACCAUCCCAAUAUGCCUGUCGAAUGGAACAACUGUCAAUCAAUCAUGACCGCAUGGGCGGUGGGAGGAAAGGGUUUCACCUAUCCAGACCACGUGGGGUUCUCGAUGGGAACAGACGAUGAUCCAGAUUACAUCAUGAUGGAAAUGCACUAUGACAACCCAAAUAGGCUCAGUGGCGUACGGGACAGCUCCGGACUGAGGUUCUACUACACGCCGAACGUGAGGCAGUACGACGCCGGCAUUCUUGACAUCGGGAUCAACAGCGCUCCCACGCUCAUGAUCCCUCCACACGCCGAGAGUUUCCAAACCGCCGGCACCUGCUUCUGUCUGGACGAUGCUUUGCAGCAGCAGGGCCAUCCCAUCAACGUGUUUGCCUCCAUGCCCCACUCUCACCUGGCCGGCAUUGCCGUGCGUACUAAGCUGGUCAGAAAUGGCGUGGUGCAGUCGUACGUCGGUCGGGACGAGUCGUACGACUUCGAUCUUCAGGAGAUCCGACUCCUCGAACCGGAGGUCGUCGUGAGUGAGGGUGACCAACUCAUCACUGAAUGCACCUACAAGACUACCGAUAGGACCCAGACCACUUUUGGAGGACUGAGUUCCAGGGAAGAGAUGUGCCUAAACUUCAUUCAGUACUACCCGCGGAUCAAACUGGCUCGCUGUUACAGCUGGACAGACAUCAACCAACAGGCAACCUUCUUCGGUGUCCAGUAUGCCCACUGGGAGUACCCGUACCCGAUCUACGUCCCGCCCAACAUGGUUAACCAGACCCUGAUUGACGUCAUCAACCAGUACCCAUGGACCAAUCAGGAGGCUGAACGUUUCGAACAACACGUUCGUAACGGUCAGGUGAUAUCCUUCUGUUAUCCGGACGUGGCAAAUGAUUUCCAGUUGAUCAACGCGCCUCCUGAACCCACCAUUCCAGACGAUAACUCCAUCUCCAUCCCAGGGUGCUGAUAUCGUCGUCGUUCCCAGGAUACAAUGAGGCUCACGACCCAUUGAAUUCCUCCGUCAAUAAAGUAGAUACUAGAGCAUAGCAAA